AUGUGUCCUACGAUCGUCAGUCGCCUAUCCAAUGGGCCCGCCAUGGUCCUCUCUCCUUCCCAAGAACACGUCUUUGGCUCCCUCCCCUCCCAGUCCUUGCUGGAUGCUCACAGUGACUUCCACACUUAUUCCGGCACCUUCAACUCUACUUUUGGGGUGAGCAAACCGACACAGCUGUCCAUGCCCGUGCAACCGCAGCCAUCCCGCAAGAGGUCACGAGACGAGGCUGCUGUCGACGAGUCUUCAAUGGCACGUGGGCCUUGCCCUUCUUCGCAAGCAGCCAUGACAGGGACGCAGCAGCCUCACUGCCCCGGGGGAAACUUUGUCCCGUCAAGUUUGCAAAAGGGACUGCGCGUCUCCGGUGUCAGUCAUACAGAAGCCGCCGUCUCCCAGUCAGGCGCAACACUUGUCGCAGACGGCAAUGGCAACGAGAUGAGUCGCAAAGCACCAAGGUUCGACGCUUCUUCGGCGGUUCUUGGGGGAGAUGCCACGGUUGCGUCACAAGACAGCGCCAACGACACCUCUUUGUCGGACCAGCAUCGCAUCACUCCCCCAUCGCCGCCCUCUGAGCCUUUGAUUGACGAAGCAACGCGCCUUCUAGGCAUCAGCUGGCAGCGCGUGGAUACCGACCACGAUAUGGCUCCUGCUGUUCGUGGUUGGACCAAGUAUAUUGACAACCAAUACUCUGCCAUUUUGCACGACUCGCAAAUGUUGAUGAAAAGCCGCGCCUUGAACGCCUACCUCGUUGCUGCCACACCUCACGGGGCCUGCUCCCCCAGCUUCUACCUUUUCAACGAACACUUGACUCAGGGUCAGCUGGUAGCAUCCCGUUGGGAAGUUUGCCUGCAGAAUCUGCGUUCCACUCCUCCUGUAUUCGAGGGAAAUGCGGUCAUUGUGGCAGCCGGCCGCCCUCAGCCUCUUGAGAACCCCUUCACUUCCGCUGGUGAAUCGGGUGUGCCCCUUUUGCAACAAGCCCUUUCAAGUCAUUCUCACGUGGCCCCCUGUGGCAUGGACUUGGGGGCGGGUUUGAACCAAGGCAUGGACACGGGAAUGGAGAUCGACUCAUAG